AUGGAGACACGGGAAGUUGAGUCGAGUAAGAGUGUGGUUGCCAGAUUGGCGUCUCUUCAGUUGAUCAGCUCCACUUGCGACGUGGUAUCUUCAGUGUACUGCAGCACGAAGGACAGGCAUCCUUAUAUCAGCUCCAUGUGUGAGGUAGCAGAGGUGAGAAUGAAGACUUUCACCACAGUAGCCGCCACGCGUGCCACACCUAUCAUCAACAAGCUGAAGCCGCAAAUUGCUGUUGCUAAUGAGCUUGCAUGUAAAGGAUUGGAUAAGAUUGAAGCAACCCUGCCAAUUUUGCACCAGCCUUCGGAGCAGAUUGUACCCAGUGCCAUGGAUGUGGUGAACGGAGCCAAGGAGGUGGUGGCCAUCACACUGAAUGGUGCCAUGGAUACGGCGUGGUACACACUGGUGGGGGCGAUGGGUAGAACCAAGGGAGUGCUGCUGGACAGUGUGGAGACCACCAAGGCUGUGGUCAGUUGUGGUAUCAGCUCCGUGAUGAGCAGCCGCAUGGCCCAGCUGGUGAGCUCUGGGGUGGACAGCGUGCUGAGCACAUCUGAGAUGCUGGUGGACCGCUACCUGCCACUGGCUCAGGAUGAGCUCGAGAAGGAGGUCAAAACUGUGAAAGGGUUUGAUACUGCCAUCAAGCCCAGCUAUUCCAUACGCCUUGACUCCCUCUCCGCCAAGCUGCAGCAGAGGGCUUACCAGCAGGCUGUGGCCAAGGUCCAGAAGGCUAAGGCCUGCAGCCAGGAGUCUAUGUCCCAGCUGCACCACACCGUGGACCUGAUUGAGUAUGCAAGACAGAACAUGGGUGAUGCCAACCGAAAGCUCCUGGGCAUGCAGGAAAAGCUGAGCUGGUGGGUGGAAUGGAAGUGUAGUGGCCAUGCAGGAGAGGAAGGUGAAGACCAGGUAAAUCACAUGGAGUCCUACAUCCUGGCCACAGCCCGAAAGCUCACCUGCCAGGUGCAGACCACAUGCCUGUCCUUGGUCCCCAGCCUCCAGGGCCUGCCCCAGAGCAUCCAGCACCAGGCCCUGUCUGUGGCCCUCUCUGCUUCUGAAAUCUACAACAACUUCAGCAGAGCCUCCAGCUUCAGAGACGUCUCAGACAGCACAUUGGCAGGCAGCAGAGGCCAGCUGGGCAGAAUGAAGGAGUCUCUGGACAGCGUUAUGGACUACCUCGUCAACAACACCCCGCUCAACUGGCUGGUAGGUUCCUUUUACCCCAGGAAGGCCCACAGCCCUGCCCCCCCAAAGGCCCCAGUGCAACGGGCAGGUGAAGAUGCAGCUUACAGAAGAGGAAGUUCUGCCGCUGGUCUGCCCAUAGUCACAGAGCAGCUGUCUGUCAGAUGA